ACAAUCAUUCCUAUUUCAUGUGUUUUCGUAAAUGCUUUAACUGUAUUUUAGAAAUCUGCUACAGACAGUAAACAUGAAUCAGUUUGAGAAAAAAGAAGUAAUCCAAGCAAUACUCAUAGCCGACAACAAUGUGGACCAGCUGCGACCGUUUUCGGAUGAGAAUUCCACGGCGCUGCUGCCACUGGUAAAUGUUUCCAUGCUAGAUUAUGCCUUGGAUGCCCUUAAUCGUAGUGGCAUCGAAGAAGUAUUCGUCUAUUCAAGUCUUCACUUGCGCAGUGUUCGUGAGCAUAUAAAAAAUGGCAUUGCAUCACUCAAUUCGUGGUCGGUGAAUAUGACGGUGCACGUGAUUGGUGGAGAAGGUUGUCGGUGUUUCGGAGAUGCCAUGCGAGACUUGGACGCUAAAGCUCUUAUACGAGGAAAUUUUAUAUUACUUGGCGCAGAUGUAGUCACAAACGCUGAUUUGCGUCCAAUAUUUGAGCAACACAAGAAAACUGCAAAAUAUGACAAAGGCGCUGCCGCUACGUUGGUUUUCAAAGAAGCUGCAACAAGUAGCAUACGCACUGGUAAUGAGGUUAUGAUUGCUGUUGACCAACAAAAUAACCGCCUACACCAUCAUCAGCGUCUGCGUCUACACGGCAAAGAGUCACAUUUUGAGGUGCCAUUAGAAGUGUUUCUCAAUAACUCCGAAGUGGCGCUCUUACACAAUUUAAUAGAUCCUCAAAUAGCCAUCGGUUCGCCAUCUAUGCUCUCGCUAUUCAGUGACAAUUUUGAUUUCGAAACACGCGAUGAUUUUGUGCGCGGCAUACUCAUUAAUGAAGAAAUCCUCGACAGCCGCAUAUAUGUAUCAGUCUUGCCCCGUGGACAAUAUGCACGCAAAGUAAAUAAUUGGCUCACAUACUGCAUGGUUAGUCAGGAUGUAAUGAAUCGCUGGGCGUAUCCAUUGGUGCCGGACAUGGGCAUAAACUGUCUAGCGCAGCAAUAUGUUUAUUUGAAAAACAAUAUUUAUAAAAGCCGAAAGUCUACAUUUAUAAAAGCGGCACUGCGGGAAAAUGUUGCAGUACAAGCGGGUAGUCAAGUAGAAGCAGGUACUUCCGUCAGUUGCAGCGUCAUCGGGAAGAACUGUAAAGUGGGUAAAAAUUGUGUGCUCAUGAAUGCUUUCCUAAUGGAUGGCGUGCAUAUUGGGGAUGAUUGCAAGCUUGAUUGUUGCGUGGUAGGCUUUGGUUCUAAAAUUGGUGCUGGAUCUACUAUUGCUGAAGGCACAGUAGUGGGCUCAAAGUGUGCUAUACCCGCUGGAAAGCUACUCAAAAAUGUUGUUAUAAAGUCUGUCUUAGGAGAUGAUGAUGACUUGGUGGAAAAGCUUGGCGAACAUGCUUUUAUUAUAGAUGACAAACAGGAAACUCAAUCUACAUACGCGUCCGACUCGGAAGACGAAGUGUUGCCCACCGCAGCCACUGGUAUACCAAAGGUGGCUAGGGUACCCACCAUCUGUGAAGAGAGCGACUACACAUCCAGCAGCGACGAGGAUGAGUCACGUGCCGUCUCACCGCUAGUCGACGAUACAAAUAUCUUUUUGGCGGAAGUAAUGGAUUCACUGGCGCGUGGCUUCCAGGAAAAGUCAAAUCCAGACUUUCUUAUACUAGAAAUAAACUCCUCCCGUUACGCCUAUAAUAUGUCUCUAAAAGAGGUGAAUUUCUACGUGGUGAAAGCACUAUUCAGUCUUCAAGAUAUUAAAGAACCCGCAAAUCAAAAUGUGCUCGUGGCAAUCAACAAUGUGCUGAAACAAUUGGGACCUGUUCUGUCUAAUUAUAUUAAGACUCCAGAUGCUAUGUUACAAUGUCUGCGCGCAUUAGAAGACAUCUAUGAAGAAAACGAAUUUGUGCGCAGUAAAAUUUCAAAAGUUGUACACUACUUAUAUGAUAAAGAUUUUGUAAGCGAAGAUGCCAUCAUAGCUUGGUAUGAGCAACUCGACGUUGAAGACCAUCGUGCUCUGCGUCAGAGUUUGAAAGAGCUCAUCGAAUGGCUCGACCAAUCCAGUGAAGAGGAUGAGGACGACGAUGAAGACGAAAGUGACUAAAGAAUACUACUUUUGGAUUGCUAUAGAAUUUACGUUUAUUUUAAUUAUAAAUAAAAAGAAUUCAACACACGUUAAAGAACUGACAAAAAAAA